AUGGGUAAGAGAAAGAAGUCUUCCAGAGGACCAGUCAAGAAGGUGGUGCAAAAAUUGAACACCACCUUCAAUUGCUUAUUUUGUAACCACGAAAACUCUAUUACUGCCACACUCGAUAAGAAAAACAGCAUAGGGUCCCUGUCCUGCAAAGUGUGCGGACAGAGUUUCCAGACAAGAAUUAAUGCGCUUUCACAGCCGGUGGAUGUAUAUAGCGACUGGUUCGACGCUGUUGAGGAGGUCAACACCGGGAAAGUCAGCGAAUCCGAAGACGACAGCGACUCGGAGAGCGACUACGAGAGCGAUUCAGAUGCGGCGCCUGCCAGAAGAGCGGGUGUACCGGAUUCCGACGAGGAGGAGCUUUCGGCAGACGGUGGAGACGACGAGGAUGAGGACGAGGACGACGCGAUAGGUGGAUCCAAGCGGGGCAGAGGGGCAAUCGUCGACAGCGACGAGGACUGA